AGUUGCUGUUCACACGUUUUGAUCAGUCUUCCUGCCAAAUUUUUGGGAUAUGGGAAUUACGGGAGGGCCUCACGCUCACGCCACUUCGCUUCGCUCCGUGGCACAACUUGUCUAUGCUCUGGAGAAUACCAAAUUUUUCAGACCGACAUGGUUUUGACAUUUGCUCAAAAUUUAGUGUCUCUGCGACCACCGGUUCGACCCCUCGUGUCUUCUGGGGUCUUUCCCCCUUGUUUCUCUGUUUCAACUCCUCGUUCGUGCGUACCAACUUACUUCCCUGAAAAAAGUGGUUCCGCUGUUGUUGGUGGAAAAGCGCGUCUAGUUGCAAGAGCUUCAGCCUCCACCUCGCUAUACACACCAAACAUUGCCGAGAGUCUUGGUGAUGUCACCAUUUUCACUGCUGCUGGUGAGCCAGUGACGUUCAAGGAUCUCUGGGAUCAGAAUGAGGGACUAGCUGUUGUGGCCCUCCUAAGGCAUUUCGGAUGCGUUUGCUGUUGGGAAUUAGCUUCAACCCUGAAGGAAUACAAAUCAAAGUUCGAUUCAGUUGGUGUGAAAUUAAUUGCAGUGGGUGUUGGCACUCCCAAUAAAGCUCGUAUACUUGCUGAACGAUUACCAUUUCCAAUGGAUUGUCUAUAUGCGGACCCUGAGCGCAAGGCAUAUAAUGUUUUGGACCUAUACUAUGGAGUUGGUCGUACAUUGUUCAACCCCGCCAGUGCAAAGGUGUUCUCAAGAUCUGAUACUUUUCGGAAGGCAUUGAAAAACUAUACGAUUGAAGCCACCCCGGAUGAUAUAAGUGGUGUCUUGCAACAGGUUUCUAUUGGAGGAAUGUUGGUAUUCGAAGGAAGGCAGCUGUUGUAUGCGAGGAAGGAUGAAGGCACAGGUGACCAUGCUCCUUUGGAUGAUAUUUUUGAUGUCUGCUGCAAGGCUCCUUCUGCAUAAUCACAAACCUUAUACUGUAUAACUGGAAGACUUUUUUCUUACAACUGCGUAUUGUCAUAUACAUAACCUGAUGAUAGCUAGUGGCUAACGAUUUGAGAUAAUAAUAUUAGGGAACUUCUACGUUGACCUAGGA